AGGUUCAAAAGUUGAAAAUUGAACCCUAUUAAAGAUCUUACUGAUUGUAAUCUUUAUAUGUUCAUGAAAGAUCUUUUAGUAUUCUGAAGGAGAAUAGAUUACAGUAAAGAAAGGAUGAAGUUUGGAAAGGAAUUUGCUUCACAGAUGGUGCAGGAGUGGCAAGAAGCAUACAUGAACUACAAUUAUCUUAAAACUGUCUUGAAAGAUAUCAUACGUUUCAGGCCAAAGAACUCAUCAUCACCCAUUGCCUCGACUCCAAGAGGGUCAUUGAAGAGAAGGGUGUCACUGUACAGAGCCUUUAGUGGACUAACAAAUACAUACAACUGUCUCAAAGGCUCUCCAACAAAGGAGGAUGAAGUAAUUUUAGUGAGUGCACGUCAAGAUUCAGGGUCUUCCGAGGGGUGCUACCAGACUAUGUUCUUGAGGUCAUCGGAGGAAGGUGGAGAGUAUGAGCUUGUGUUCUUUAGGAGACUAGAUGAUGAGUUCAAUAAAGUUCUAAAGUUUUAUAAAGCUAGGGUGAAGGAUAUAGUGGAGGAGGCAGAGGAGUUGAAUAAACAAAUGGAUGCUCUAAUAGCUCUUCGGAUUAAGGUUGAUAAUGUUGCGGAAGGAUUAAGAGGUACCCAAGGGAUAGAUCUUGCAACCAAUGGUGGUGGCUCUGCUCCUCCAUCAUCCUCUCAAUUCAUCGAUACAAGAAAUCCAGGAAAUUUGGAGGUAAUUCAAGAAGUUGAGAUGAGCAGUGACAGAAAUUUGGAAGAUGGAACAGUACCAGCAAAUGAACCAAACAGCAGUAACCAUGGAAAAGAUGAUAAAAUGAAGGCACAAAUUCAAGGAUUUAGGCCAGCUUCUUUAGAUGUUCUAGAUCGUAUAAAGCUCAAUGUCGCACCUGAAACUCCUGUAUCCUCUUUGAAAUGCGUCUUCAUGAGUUCACAAUCCGACUUGUCAUUCAGUAAAGAGGAGCUGAGGAAAGCAGAAGAACAAAUUAGACAGGCUUUUAUUGAGUUCUACCAAAAGCUUCGACUCGUGAAAAGUUACUGCUUCUUGAAUCUAUUGGCAUUCUCUAAAAUCCUGAAGAAGUAUGACAAGAUCACAUCACGGAGCGCAUCAAAGUCUUACUUAGAGAUGGUAGAUAAAUCUUACUUUGGCAGCUCCGAUGAGGUUAAUAAGCUCAUAGAAAGAGUGGAGGCUACUUUCAUAAAGCACUUCUCAAAUGGAAAUCGUAGGAAAGGAAUCAAUAGAUUAAGGCCACAAGCUAAAAGAGAGAAGCACAAAAUAACAUUUUUCUUGGGUUUAUUCUCUGGCUGCUCAAUAGCCCUUGUAGUGGCUAUAAUUGUGCUUAUACAAGCAAGAGAUAUUCUUCAGCAUGAAGGGCGUGUGCAAUAUAUGGAAAACAUAUUUCCACUUUACAGCUUGUUCGGAUUCAUCAUCCUACACAUGUUGAUGUACUCUGGGAACAUAUACUUUUGGAGGCGUUUCCGAGUCAAUUAUGCUUUUGUAUUUGGCUUCAAGCAAGGGACAGAAUUGGGCUACAGGGAAGUCCUACUACUUGGUUCAGGUCUUGCAGUGCUCACAUUAGCUUGUGUACUCUCGAACUUAGACAUGGACAUGAAUCCAAGAACAAAAAGUUUCAAAGCAUUUACUGAAUUGGUCCCUUUAGGCCUUGUCAUUGUGGUGCUUCUUGUAAUAUUUUGUCCCUUCAACGUCAUCUACCGCUCAAGUCGCUUCUUCCUCAUCAAAUGUGCAUGGCACUGUCUUUGUGCUCCUCUCUUCAAGGUUACACUCCCAGAUUUCUUCUUGGCAGAUGAGCUUACUAGCCAGGUUCAGGCUUUCAGGAAUUUAGAAUUCUAUGUCUGCUACUAUGGUUGGGGGGACUUCAAGAGGAGAUCAAACGUGUGCCGUGAAAGCAAAAUCUUUCAAAUCUUCUAUAUCAUCGUUGCAGUUGUUCCUUAUUGGGCUCGCUUACUUCAAUGCCUUCGUCGGUUGUUUGAGGAGAAAGAUAAAAUGCAUGCUCUGAAUGGGCUCAAGUACUUUUCGACAAUUGUUGCAGUUGUCAUGAGGGCAGGAAAUGAUCUGAAUCCGGGAAUGACUUGGCAGAUCAUGGCUGCAACUAGUUCAGGAGUUGCUACAGUUGCAAACACAUACUGGGACAUUGUUAUUGAUUGGGGUCUCAUGCGACGCAAUUCCAAAAACCCCUGGUUGAGGGAUAAGCUUCUUAUAUCAAGCAAAACAGUGUACUUUGCAGCUAUAGUAGUGAAUGUGAUACUAAGGCUUGCGUGGAUGCAAUCAGUUCUAGGUUUUCAAGGGGCACCUUUCCUCCAUAGACAAGCCUUGAUAGCAAUUGUUGCAUGUUUGGAGAUCCUUCGCCGUGGAGUCUGGAAUUUCUUCAGGUUGGAGAAUGAGCACUUGAAUAACGUUGGAAGAUAUCGAGCGUUUAAGUCAGUUCCCUUACCUUUUAACUACGAUGAUUAUAACAAGAAUGUGUAAUCAUUGUGGCUCAGUUGGGCUGUUAAACGGUCCGGAUAGCUCUGCUCUUUUUUGACUCGCUCGGGCUUUGUUCGUUUUGUAAAAUGAGUCAAACUCGACAAAACCGCCACAUUCUCUCUCUCUCUCUCUCUCUUUCUCUGUAAAACCCCUCUCCCAUUGCCAUCUUUUCCCAGGCUCCCACAAUCUUACUCCAAAAACCACCGGUCCACCACCAGGUCCAAAUACAGUGUGCAACCAUCAACACACUCUCUUCGUGUCCCUCCUUCCCACUCUCUCUCACUAAGAAAUCUUACCCUUUGAAACCCUUGAAACCAGAUCCAAAUAUAUGUGUUUAUUUAUGUCCAAUGCUGGAGAGAUAGAAUUCUGGGAUGCUGGAAAGAAUGGUAUAAAGCAAAUGUAUAUUUUUUGGAAUUGUUUCUUUGUUUGAAGUAUCAGAUAAAUGUAGGAUUUGUUCACUGGUUGGUGGUGGCUAUAGAAUGCAACACCUGUUUCCAGUAUCAAAAUGUUUGAUAAUC